AUGUCACACACCGUCACGCCUCUUCGUGGUGAUUUCAUAAAAGAUGCUGAAGAAAAUAUUAGACCCCACACGCUGCCCUUGCCAGGCAAGAAGGUUCUCACUCAGCUCAAUCGCUACGCUUCAGACUUCGUGGACCGUCGAUGCAGUGGCUUGCAGACAUUCCUUCGCAAAUCAGCCAGCCACCCCGUACUCUCCGGGGACAAUGACUUGGUGGCCUUCUUGACUUUGCCACAUGCACCUUUCCAAAUGUACAUGCAAUGGAAUUCCCUCGAUUCAUCAAUCCUCUCGCUCGUCGGUCUCAGGACACCAGCAACUCCGAGCCCUCCACAAAACCAACGUCUGUUGGCAAAUGCAUCAACGGACGAUAGAGUUGAGACUCCUGUCGAUCCAUUGAGUGUUGGAGGAAGAGGAAGCCACUUGGCUCGCGUUUCGGGCUCGACUGUCAGUGGUCGCAGUUCACAAAGCAUUCUUCAAGCCUCUGAAGUGUUUACCCGUUACCAAAGCGAGCCCAAAAGCCCGACGUUUGACUCACCUUGCCUCGAUGUGGACAUGAUCGCACGUGCAUUUUCAUGUUUCGUGGAUGACGCUGCAGAGUAA